UUAAUGAACAGUUGUCCUUGUGAGGCAGCUCUCUCUCUCUCUCUCUCUCUCUCUCUCUCUCUCUAAACCGUUCUGAGAUAGUCAAGAAAGAAAGAAAGCAUUCACAUUCUCAAUCUUAACGUACAAGUUGAAGAAGGAGAACUUUUUCAAAAGUUGAAGAAGGAGAAGUAGAUCGUUGUGAUUCUGGCUUCUCUGCUCCACUGGUGUUUCUGGGUAUUGAUUGAUUUAUUAUAAAAAGUGUCAAACUUUCCUGGAAACUGGAUCUGGGUUUUUUUUUCUGAGAAGCAAAAGAAGAAUAAGCGAUGAAUCUUUAUCCAAACCUAAGAAGAGGGAUACUACUCUCUGUGCUCUUCUUCGACGUCGUUUUGCUGUGCAACUCUUCUACUUCGUCUUCUUCAUCUGAAUCGAUCACAAUAAAGCCAAGACAUUUGUCUUUGCUAAAGAGUGCUUUACAACGGCCAAGUGGGGAGCAGUCUGAUCUAUGGAAGCCAAUGACUGAUCAAGGAUGGAGUCCAUGUAUCGAUCUCGAAGAUCCCCCUUCAUUACCGGAUAAAACCGAAGGCUAUAUCCAAGUGUUUCUCGAUGGAGGACUUAACCAACAACGAAUGGGGAUAUGCGAUGCGGUUGCAGUCGCUAAGAUCUUAAACGCAACCCUCGUGAUCCCUUUUCUUGAAGUCAAUCCCGUUUGGCAAGACUCGAGUUCCUUUGUUGAUAUAUUUGACGUGGAUCAUUUUAUCAAUGCGUUAAAGGAUGACAUAAGAGUAGUUAAAGAGCUUCCUGAUGAAUACUCGUGGAGCACAAGAGAGUACUACGCUACGGCGGUCCGUGAAACCCGAGUUAAAACUGCUCCUGUUCAUGCUUCUGCGCAAUGGUAUAUUGAGAAUGUCUCACCGCUUCUUCACAGCUAUGGGAUUGCUGCGAUUUCUCCAUUCUCUCACCGUCUGUCGUUUGAUCACUUACCUGGUGAGAUCCAACGGCUAAGAUGCAGAGUAAACUUCCAAGCUUUGCGGUUUGUCCCUCACAUUACAUCGCUUGGUGAUGCUCUUGUGAGCCGUCUUAGAAACCCCUUGUGGAGAAGCGAAAAGGACAGAAAGAAUGUGGAUCAUCUGGGAGACAUGACGAACUCUCCUCAUAGCAGACGGGAACUAGGGAAGUUUGCUGUUCUGCAUCUUCGCUUUGACAAGGACAUGGCUGCACAUUCGGCGUGUGACUUUGGUGGAGGCAAAGCAGAGAAGCUUGCAUUGGCUAAGUACCGACAAAUGAUUUGGCAAGGAAGAGUGUUGAACUCUCAGUUCACAGAUGAAGAGCUAAGAAGCCAAGGACGGUGUCCUCUAACACCAGAAGAGAUGGGACUUCUCUUGGCUGCUUUCGGAUUCGACAACAACACUCGUCUCUAUCUCGCUUCCCACAAGGUAUAUGGAGGAGAAGCUCGAAUCUCAGCGUUAAGACAAGUCUUCCCAAGAAUGGAAGACAAAAGAAGUCUUGCCUCUUCCGAAGAACGAGCUCGGAUCAAAGGCAAAGCCUCUUUACUAGCUGCACUUGAUUACUACGUAAGCAUGCACAGCGACGUGUUCAUCUCCGCGUCGCCUGGGAACAUGCACAACGCUCUCGUCGGUCAUCGAACGUUCGAGAAUCUCAAGACGAUUAGACCGAACAUGGCUUUGAUAGGACAGGUUUUCCUCAACAGAAGCAUCACUUGGGUUGAUUUUCAACAGGCGCUUGGCGAAGGACACGUUAAUAGACAAGGACAGAUCCGAUUAAGGAAACCGAAACAGUCAAUUUAUACUUAUCCGGCUCCUGAUUGUAUGUGCCAUGUCUGAUGAUGAUGAUGCGGCUCUAUAACUAUAUAGUUAAAUACAUUUUAAUUAACUAGAAAACCGAUUCGUUGA